CCUGCUCUAUAUCUAUGGGCCCAAGUGGAGCUCACCCAUUAUCCCUGAUUUCCAGGACAACCAGCACUCAGUUCCAUAGGAGCUACAACAAAGACUGGGAACCAUGGGUCUGAAGCUGCUUGAGUCCCAACGUUGUCUCCUGCUGCUGCUAGGACUUGUCCUAACGCCUGCCUCAUGCCAGCGACCAACCCCUUCCCAGUGGUUUAACAUCCAGCAUAUCUAUAACAGCGCCUACCCCCAAUGUAAUGCUGCAAUGCAGGUUGUUAACAGUUAUACAGGAAGAUGUAAGAGCAUAAACACUUUUCUUCAUACAAGUUUUGCUAAUGUUGUUGGUGUGUGUGGCAAUCCAAAUGGCACCUGCAAAGAUGGGAUAAGUACAAAUUGUCAUAAUAGUUCAUCUCAGGUAUCUAUAACUGUCUGUAACCUCACAACUCCGGGAAGGCAUUAUACCCAAUGCAGAUACAAAACAACAGGAUCAGUGAAGUACUACACAGUUGCCUGUAACAACAGAACCCCACAGGACAGCCCCAUCUAUCCAGUGGUUCCGGUUCACUUGGAUAGGACAUUUUAACUCCAGUGCCAGCACUUUGUACCUUCACUCAUCUGCUAAUGCCAAGAUCAUAGCAGUGAAGAAUCAAUUCCUCUCUGGGCUGCAUAUCAGCAUCUGUCCUCAUGAAUCCUGUCCCUGACUCCCUUUAACUUAGCUGAACAGAUCUUUUCCAAUCAAUAAACACCUUUGCAUAUUCAU